UACACCUCUCUCUCUCACUCACACACACACACAUAGGGAGUAUAACCAAGGUCCUCGGUAUCUUCCUGCCCUUGCAUCCACAGCAGCAGCUGAUUGAUCUUGCCGGCCGGCGGAGGAGGUAUAUGAGGAUGCUGGGCGGCGGCGUGUCCUUCUUGCUCAGCGACGUGCUGACCAUCUCCGGGCUGCUGGCGGUGCAGUUCAUCUUCGGGCUCUACAUGAUGUUCCUCAACCGGCUACUCGUCGCCGGCGUCCCGUCGCUCUUCAUCAUCGUCGUCGCAUGCGCCGCCUCCUCAGUCGUCGUGCUCCCCUUCGCCAUCGCCCUCGAGAGGAAGAAAUGGCCCAAGCGCUGGAGCCCCAUGUUGAUAAUCCAGCUCGUUUUAAUCUCCCUUGGAGGGGUGUCCAUAUACCAAGUCUUGAUGAUGCUCGGCGUGGAGCGGACCUCACCAGCGAUCGCCUCGGCCAUGCCCAAUCUUGGCCCUGGCUUCAUCUUCGUCAUCGCCGCCUGCCUGAGGUUUGAGAGAUUUGAGUGGAAGUGCAAGUACACCAGAGCAAAGAUCUUUGGUACGUUAGUAUGCAUCAGUGGAGCAAUGUGCGUGAGCUUCCUGAAGAAUCCCGAUCCCGGCACAGUGCCAGAGUCCGUUCCCAGGGACCAAGAGUUCUCUGUCUUUAAAAUCGACAGAGAUUGGGUCCUUGGCUGUAUAUACCUGCUCACUGGAGUCACGGUCUUCGCUUGCAACACUGUCCUGCAGGCUGCAACCCUCAAGAGGUUCCCGGCGCCGCUGUCCAUAUGUGUGAUCACCGCCAUGAUGGGAUCGAUCUUCAGCGCUAUCAUACAGGUCAUCAUGGACGGCAAGCUCGGGGCGGGCACUGCAGGCAACAUCCCCAGAAUAAUCGGUGAAAUUGUGCUCGUGGGAGGUGUGGUGAUCGGCCUGUGCACGACGUUCCAGGUGUCAAGCAUCGGCCGCAAGGGGCCUGUCCUGGUGUCCAUGUUCAGCCCGUUCCAGACCGUGUUCUCGGCCUUCGUCUCCUUCAUCUUCUUUGGACAAUGGAUCGGCACAGGAUGCCUGGUGGGGAUUGCGCUCAUGUUUGCGGGCCUCUAUGUAGUGCUAUGGGCCAAGAACCGGGAGGACAAGAUGUUCGCCGAGCUUGCGAUGUCGUCUGACGCAACUGAAUAUGAUAUCGAGAGGCCACUCUUGCAGUGACGACUUGGGCAAAAUCGCUUGCUUCCACUAUGUACUGGAUGCUGUAGGAAUCUACACUGAUUCUAUCUACUGUUUGACUUUCCCUUUGCGAGGAUAAUUUUUGGACUUUCGAAAAAUCAAGUUAUUUAUUG